GUUCGGGUGGGAGCCAGAAUGUCACACGCGCGUCCAGAUCUGUAGAGAAUCCCGACAAAGUCACGCAGGUUUCUGUGCGCGCGCGCUCUGCUUAUUGUUUUAUUUAUUGUUUUUCGAUCGCAGCUCGCGCUCCAGCACGAGACAUGAACGUGAACGAUGCUAAGGAGUACCUCUCCAGGAGAGAGAUCCCCCAGCUGAUGGAGAGUUUGCUGACAGGACUGAUGUAUUACCGGCCGGACGAUCCCAUCGAUUACAUGGAGUCGUGCUUGAAGAAGGUGCGUGAGCUCGGCGGGACGGAGAAAGUAAGGUGGGACACAUUUGUAGGACAGGAGAAGAAGUCCCUGCCGCCGCUCAAUGGAGGCCAAUCGCGACGGUCUUUCUUCCGGAACGUGUUACCUGACAGGUAUGAGCGUCUGCCGCCCAUCCACCAGUUCUCCAUCGAGAGCGACUCGGACUUGUCUGAAACAGCAGAGUUGAUUGAAGAGUAUGAAGUGUUUGACCCGUCCAGACCACGGCCUAAGGUCAUCCUCAUCAUCGGUGGCCCAGGCAGCGGUAAAGGGACGCAAAGUCUGAAGAUCGCAAAACGCUACGGCUUCGAGUAUGUCUCUGUGGGUGAACUGCUGCGAAAGAAGAUGAUUCACAAUGCAACGAGUAACAGGAAGUGGAGUCUGAUUGCCAGGAUCAUUACUAACGGCGAAUUGGCACCUCAGGAGACGACCAUCACUGAGAUCAAGCAGAAGAUCAUGAAGCUUCCGGAUGCCAGUGGAAUAGUCAUCGACGGUUUUCCCCGGGAUGUGGCGCAGGCACUGUCGUUCGAAGAUCAGAUUUGUACUCCGGACCUGGUGGUGUUCCUGGCGUGCUCUAACCAACAUUUGAAGGAGCGUUUGGAGAAGCGAGCAGAGCAGCAGGGACGGCCAGACGAUAACCCCAAAGCCACAGAGAGACGCCUAGCCAACUUCAAACAGAACGCAGUGCCACUGGUCAAGUACUUUCAGGAGAAAGGUCUUAUCGUAACGCUGGACGCGGACCGAGACGAGGAGGAGGUCUUCUCAGACAUCAGCAUGAUGGUGGACAACAAGCUUUUCCCCACUAAAGAACCUGUAGCAGGUCCGAGUGAGCUUGACCUGAGCGUGCUCGCUGACAGCGCCAGCCUUGCAGACGUUCCGUCCAGGUUUGACGAGCAGGCUAUCGAGGAAGAGGAAGAGGUGGCGGAGGCGGCAGGGUAUGGAGAUCGUACAGCAGAAAGUUUGCCCACAGAGAAGAGGAAACCAAAGGUUAUCUUCGUGAUCGGCGGGCCGGGCUCAGGCAAAGCCCUGCAGUGCGAGAGGCUGGAGGAGCGUUACGGCUUGAGGCGUCUCUGUCCCGGAGACAUGCUGUGCACCGAGCUGCAGUCGCACAGCGAGCGAGGACGCUACCUCCGAGACCUGCUCGAGCGCGGACGCCAACUUCCUGAGGAGACUCUGCUGGAUCUGCUGUGCGAGUCGAUGGAGUGUACAGUGCGACAGGGGAAAGGCUUCCUGGUCAGCGGCUUCCCGCGGGAUCUGAGACAGGCUGAGGAGUAUGAGGCCAAGGUGGGCCACCCCAGCGCCGUCCUGCUUCUCGACUGCUCCGCCUCCACCAUGAGCAGACGGCUCCAGCAGAGGGCGCUGUGCAGCCUGCGCCCCACAGAGGCCUCCCACAGGGACGCCCAGCUCCGCGUGGAGGGUUUCUGCGGCACCGUGACUCCGGUCGCCACUUACUACGACACACUCGGGCUCCUGCACAAGAUCGAUGCAGAACAGCCUCCUGAUGAUGUCUUGGAGCAGAUCUGCCUGGUCCUGGACUCCUGUUAAACAUUAUGAAACACUACAACACACCACGCGCCGGUUUCUCAACAUCGCUGGAAUCCACCCACCACCACGCAGGACAAGAAACCUGGCAACAAGCUGUGACUUUACUCUUCACAAGCUCAGCCUUUUACUCCGUCAUAUACAUUAGCAUUCUGAUUCAAAGCUCCUGAGCUAACGCGCACUCUCGACUCCACCUGGUGUGGACGGAAUGGGGACGAGAGGCGCUGUCUUUUUCUCCUCUCUCUCUCUCUCUCUCUGCUUCCUGUUUUAGACUGCCAAAUGAGUACAGUAUACACGACUGAGUUAUUAGGCAUUGAGUCUCGCCAACCAAUCAGCAGAUCAAUUAUGUAAUGAUGACAAGAAGUGGGUGUGGCUUAUGACGCUGUAUGGAACAGCUAGCGUCAAAUUUUCUAUCAUUUGUUUGCAAGUUUCGACAUUUGCAUUCAAGUUUUAAAACCGUUUUUUUUGGUUUGUUUUAUCCGGAUGCAAUCUGGAUUUGCGUCCAUUUUUUUGUUAAGAUUGUGGAAGCUGAUGUAGUCAGGAGGUAUUUCUUUUUUUUUCCGUAAAAAACAAACAAAAACAAACACUCAUGGUAAUGUAUUUAACUGGAACAUACACGUACAGCUGGUGUAUUAUUACCUUUUUUCACUGAACGCACAGAAGGCUGUGGAAAUGGAGCGUCUCUCUUUUCUCAUCUACUACCUGCUCUGUACGCAUGCCAGAAAAGCAUUAACGAUCAAUCAAACCAGUUGCUUUUGUGUAAAAAUGGAAAACUUUACAGGCUUUGUAUUUGUAACGUUAUUUGUAUUUAACAGUCUCUGGCUCCCAGGCUUAUAAAUCUCAGAUGAGUUCCACAUUGAAAUCUUUGUUAUUGUAUUCCUUAUGAAAAUGUUUGGAUAAAAUAAAAAUCAUUUCAUACGUUUGUUUAAAAAAAAAAAAAAAAUCCCUCCCCAGCAACAGUCCUCUGAAGAAGACGACGAAGAAUAAUAAUUAUGAUUUCAAAAAGGCAACAUAGGGUGUGUGUAUGACGUUGCCAUGGUUACCAUCUACAAUCUCAAUCAUUUAAACUUUUCAUUUCAUACUCCACCUAUUUUUAUAUUAUAUUAUAUAGUAAUAGAAAAACUUCUACUAGUACUGAUUGCAUUUAUUAACAGCGCCAUCUUGUGGCCACAGUGUAAAAGAUUAUUUUAAGUGUUUAAUUUUGCAGAACUUUUUUUUUUUUU